AUGUCUCCUGGUUCUACGACUGAAGUCUGCGGUGACGAGCCGGCGAAGAAAGCUUUUGCUCAUAACUCGUCGGAAAAUGUAUCGGCGAAGGAAACUGAAACUCCUGAAACAAUCGCCGAUGCUUAUGAAAAACUCAACCUCGGUAGAGAUAUUUCCAACUUUCUUACUGGUUCCACCUCAGUAGAUGCUGGAGAGUGUGCAGACGGAGAAAAUAAAGAAGGUGAGCAGCAAAACAAAACCUCGCCGGAGAAAGCGGUGGUGGAAACCACGGCGGAGGAGAUGACAAAGAGUAGCAACGGUGCCGUAGCAGGGAAUGGUGAAUUUGAGGUGGUGUCUAAUAUUAACAGUGCUGGUGGUGGUAAGACGACGUCGAUUCUGAAACCGUCUCCAAGCGUCGGAAUGAGCUUGGAGAAUCUCGUUGAAGUGUCGAAUGUGGCCUCGGGAAAGAACGGCGGGACUGAGAAUACCUCGGCCACGGCAAUGAUCGACGAGGCCUGGGAUCUACUCGCCAAAUCCUAUGUGUACUUCAAGGGACAGCACGUAGGUACACUGGCCGCUGUUGAUAAUAGCGCCGAGGCCUUAAAUUACAAUCAGGUUUUUGUGAGAGACUUUGUUCCCUGUGGAUUGGCCUGUCUGAUGAAAAACAAUGCAGAUGUAGAAAUUGUGAAAAAUUUCCUGUUAAAGACCCUCCACCUCCAAGGCUGGGAGAAGAGAAUUGAUAAUUUUACACUUGGAGAAGGUGUAAUGCCUGCAAGUUUCAAGGUGAUUUAUGACACACAAAGACAGAAAGAAAUUUUGCAAGCAGAUUUUGGGGGCACUGCCAUUGGAAGAGUUGCCCCUGUGGAUUCUGGGUUCUGGUGGAUUAUACUGCUGAGAUCAUAUACUAAAUGCACACACGAUUAUUCUCUUUCGGAGUUACCCGAGGUGCAGAGAGGAAUGAAAUUGAUACUUAACCUGUGUCUGUCAGAUGGUUUUGACACAUUUCCUACACUCUUAUGUGCAGAUGGAUGUAGCAUGAUUGACAGGCGAAUGGGGAUAUAUGGGUAUCCAAUUGAGAUCCAGGCCCUCUUCUUUUUUGCCCUGAGGUGUGCAAGACAAAUGCUUAAACCAGAGCAUGAUGGCAAGGAAUUGAUUGAGCGCAUUGACAAGCGAAUCACUGCUCUGAGUUAUCACAUUCAAAACUAUUACUGGCUUGACUUCACUCAACUGAACAACAUUUAUCGCUACAAAACUGAGGAAUAUUCUCAUACUGCUGUCAACAAAUUCAAUGUCAUCCCUGAAUCUAUUCCAGAUUGGGUACUUGAAUUCAUGCCACUAAGAGGAGGGUAUUUCAUUGGCAAUGUAAGUCCAGCACGCAUGGACUUCAGGUGGUUCUUAAUUGGAAACUGCAUUUCUAUAUUGAGCUCUUUAGCAACACCAGCGCAGGCUACAGCCAUUAUGGAUUUGAUCGAGGAGCGCUGGGCAGAUUUAAUCGGGGAGAUGCCACUGAAAAUUGUGUAUCCAGCACUUGAAGGGCAUCAGUGGAGGAUUGUUACUGGAUGUGAUCCAAAAAACACCCGAUGGAGUUACCAUAACGGUGGAUCAUGGCCAGUUCUACUAUGGCUUCUAACAGCAGCAAGCAUAAAAACUGGAAGGCCUCAAAUAGCAAAGAGGGCAAUAGAGUUGGCAGAGCAGCGUCUGUCGAAAGACGGAUGGCCAGAGUACUAUGAUGGGAUAACAGGGAGGUACGUGGGGAAGCAAGCAAGGAAGAAUCAAACAUGGAGCAUUGCAGGAUAUCUGGUUGCAAAACUCAUGAUAGAGAACCCAUCGAAUUUGCUAAUGAUUUCUCUUGAAGAGGACAAAAAAAUAACAAAGCCAAGGCUCACCCGCUCAGCCUCAUGGACCUUUUAG